AUGGAGCACGAGCAGAGGCUACACCAAUUGACGGUACGACGGACUACGCUUAUGGCUUCGCUGGAUCGUGCGGAACAAUUUUUGGAAAGUUUCGUUGACAACAGGGACAGGAUUAUGCUACAAGUACAACUGGAAAAUUUAGAUACAAUUUGGCGUGAAUUAGAAAGCGUUCAGGCUGGUUUGGAAUGUGAAGUAACGAGUGAAGAAGGUAUGAAUCAAAACGCAUGUCACCGUACCUCCUAUGAAAACAAAUGCUUUCGAAUAAAGGCUGGUCUUCUCUCUAAGCUCUCUCCUUUUCUUCCCAAUGAAAACAUCCCCCAAACUCCGCAUGCUAUGGUUUCCUCUAGUCUAAAGGGUCUUAAGCUUCCAACUGUCGCUUUACCAGAGUUUGACGGAGAUUUUAAACAGUGGUUAGCGUUCCACGAUACGUUUUUGGCGCUAAUCCACUCCAAUCCGGACGUACCGGAUAUACAAAAAUUUCACUACCUCCGCGCAGCAGUGAAAGGUGAGGCAGGGCAACUCAUAGAAUCAAUCGGAAUUAGUGCUGUGAAUUACCCGUUAGCCUGGCAAGCUUUAGUCAAUAGGUAUGCUAACGAGUACCUGUUGAAAAAACGGCAUUUGCAAGCAAUGCUGGAAGUUCCACGUGUCAAGAAAGAAACUUCAGCGUCCUUACACGGAAUUGUCGAUGACUUCGAACGGCAUUCAAAGAUAUUGAGACAAAUUGGUGAACCAGUGGAUUCCUGGAGCACAAUCUUGGAACAUUUACUGUGUAUUCGACUACCGGACGAAUCUCUGAAAGCUUGGGAAGACUAUGCGUCCACUAUUGAGGAGCCUACGUACAACGCUCUCGUUGAGUUUUUACCGCGCCGUAUCCGCGUUUUGGAUUCCAUCUCCGUGAAUCACACCCACUCACCAACUUCUUACGUCACGACCACAAAUGUUUCAACAGCUCGAAGGUCUUCCAAUCCUAGACCAUCUACCAGAUCUGCUGUGGAUACCUCCACUAGGUGUUACGCGUGUGAGCAACGCUAUCCAUUGUUCAAAUGA